AUGACUUCCUCUUUCCUUUUAACCUCUUUGUAUUUGUCUCUAAUUUUGCUACUAACAGUGUUCAGGGCUGUGGCUCGGGGACAUUUAAUUGAUCCCACAAAAGGGUUCAUUCCUCUCCCACUAAAUGAAUCAAAUUUGGUAAUUCAAAGGCCUUAUGAUUUACUCCAAGAUCAGAGGUAUAGCUUCAGACAUGGAGUUCAUAAAUUGUGGGUUUUCAGAACAGAUAAACCCCACACUCCAGUCAGUAAAACCAACCCACGUACAGAAAUUCGUAUAAAAGGAUACGACUACUCCUCCGGUGUAUGGCAAUUCGAAGCAUUUGGAUACAUACCUUGUGGAACAACCGGUGUCUGCGUCAUGCAAGUUUUCGGAUCGAGCCCGCCUCACGCCACAACCCUAAUGCUCAGAGUUUACAAUGGCUCACUCACAUACUACAGGGAGCCGGUUAUUAUCCCAAAUGUAUAUGAUAAAUGGUUCAGAUUGAAUGUAAUCCAUGAUGUUGAGGCCAAUAAAGUAGACGUUUACAUUAAUGGUAUCCUCAGAUAUGAAGCUCCUGGCCGUGGAGGAACCUCUCAUUAUUUCAAGUGUGGAGUUUAUGCACAGGAUGAUGGCUCCUACUACAUGGAAUCUCGUUGGAAGGGGAUUAGGGUUCUUAAAAAGUGUGAUUGA